UCCGGUGGGGCGGCGCUGUGAGGUGGACCUGUCAACUUCAACAACAGCGUUACAAGGAACUGGACACAGCCAAAGCUACAAGUGGAUAUCAUUUGUCACAUUCGCAGCGAUUUCACUCGUACUAUUUGAAUGGAUCGCAGAAGAGUGUGUAUUGUCGCCUCGAUAUCAACACAACAGGACGCGAUGUAAAGAGUGUUGCUGAUACUUACCACAAGACACAUUCACCCUGACAAGUUGGGUGUCUAUGGUGCCCCGGUGGACUGUGCUGGAGCCAUGCACCCCCCGGCCAGGAAGGAUUACGUCUCGGUCACAUUCGGUGAGCAGAGCGGCGGGAAGUACAACAACAGCAAGCAGUUGCGGAGACGCUCUUGUUGGAGGAAAUGGAAGCAGCUGUCCCGACUCCAGCGCAGCCUGGCCCUGUUUGCGCUGGUUCUCCUGCUCGUCUUCGGCAUGACCUCCUACCCCGCCGUCCACCAACACUUCAGAGGCCUUGUCGAGGUGGAUGAGGAACGGGGGGCUGCUGCUGGUCUGCCGCACCCCCCUCGGGUUCUGCAGGAGCCAGUGAAGGUCCAACCUGAAGUCCCUCUAAGACCAGAGCCCCCCCUGCUGCCCUCUCAGAGUCCGAUGAAGAGGCCCCAGAAACGCGGGCCCCCAGUGCUGUUGGGGCGUCAAGAGAAGAGGGAGAACAUGUCGGGCCCCCUGUUGGCGGGGGUGGGAGGAGGAAGAGGACAGGAGGAGAAGAAGAACAAGGAGUCAAAUGACAAGGGGGAGGAGCCUGUUAUCAGGGGGGCGGGGAUUGAGGCGGACAAGCCCAUCGACGACCCCGAGGCUGGGAACAGCAAGGAGAGCUCCCCUGUGCUGCCUAUAGAGAAGACGCCCAAAGAGAUGGAAACAUUUCGGCUCGAGGGCGUGCGGGAGUCGUUCCGGCACGCGUGGCGGGGCUACAAGGAGUUUGCCUGGGGCCACGACGAGCUGAAGCCCAUCACCAAGACCUACGCAGAGUGGUUCGGUCUGGGCCUCACGCUCAUCGAUGCUCUGGACACCAUGUGGAUCCUGGGCUUGAAAGAGGAGUUUGCGGAGGCCAGGGAAUGGGUGAGCACUGAGCUGUCCUUCAACAAGAAUGUGGACGUGAACCUGUUUGAGACCACCAUCCGCAUCCUGGGAGGUCUGCUCAGCACCUACCAUCUGAGCGGGGACAAGAUGUUCCUGGAGAAGGCUACAGACAUCGGCUCGCGGCUGAUGCCGGCCUUCAAGACCCCGUCCAAGAUCCCGUACUCUGACGUCAACAUCGGGAAGGGCACCGCCCACCCCCCUCGCUGGACCUCGGACAGCACUGUCGCCGAGGUGACCACAAUCCAGCUGGAGUUCAGAGAGCUCACCCGCCUCACCCACGACCAGCAGUACCAGGAUGCGGUGGGCGAGGUGGCCAGGCAGGUCCACCAGCUGGAGGGAAAGCAGGACGGCCUGGUGCCCAUGUUCAUCAACACCAACAGCGGACAGUUCACCCGCCAGGGGAUCUUCACACUGGGGGCGCGCGCAGACAGCUACUACGAGUACCUGCUCAAGCAGUGGAUCCAGGGGGGCAAGAAGGAGCACCAGUUUCUGGAGGACUACCUGCAGGCUAUAGAAGGUGUGAAGAAGAAUCUACUCCAGAAGUCCUCUCCCAGCGGUCUGACCUUCGUUGGAGAACUGUCCCACGGCCAGUUCAGCCCCAAAAUGGACCAUCUGGUGUGCUUCUUGCCCGGUACCCUGGCCCUGGGGGCGCACCACGGCCUCCCUGACGACCACCUAGAGCUGGCCCGGCUGCUGAUGGAGACCUGCUACCAGAUGUACGCCCAGAUGGAGACGGGCCUCAGCCCCGAGAUCGUCCACUUCAACACCCACCAGGGGAGCACCCGGGACGUGGAGGUCAAGCCUGCUGACAGACACAACCUGCUGCGCCCGGAGACGGUGGAGAGUCUGUUCUACCUAUACCGCUUCACCAAGGACCCCAAGUACCGGGACUGGGGCUGGGAGAUCCUGCAGAGCUUCAACAAGCACACCAAGGUGUCAACGGGGGGGUACACCUCCAUCAACAACGUGCGCGACCCUGACUUCCCCUUGCCCCGGGACAAGAUGGAGAGCUUCUUUCUGGGGGAGACACUGAAGUACAUGUACCUGCUGUUCUCCGAUGACCUGGACCUGAUCAGCCUCGACCGCUACGUCUUCAACACCGAAGCGCACCCCCUACCCAUAUGGCCCUCUGAGCCGAAGGAGUGACGACCUCACCGACACUCGCCGUGGACUUCAGCCUACAUCGAGGCUUGUGACUGGCAGAGAGUGUAGGUGCGUGUGUGUUUGUGUUGGUGUGUGUGGUGGGGGGUGGGGGCUGGAGGGUUGGCAGUUUGUCUCAGGGCUUGAAGAAACCUAGAUUUGUCGUCAUGAAUCCUUGGUUCUGACAUUUUUUGUAUUUUUUCUUUUGAGGCUCGACAUGUCCGGUUAGUGUGUCAGGACAGACCACCCACAUAUCCUGAUGACGCUGGGGAGACACAGCGUCAUCAGACGAUGUUUUUUUUUUUGGGGGGGGGUUUUCGAGAAUUUCCACGAAUUUCAGUCCAUGAAUUCCUUAAUCGGUUACAUUUGACCGGACCUGCUUUUUUAAAGAUGCAAACAACACUGGUAUUGAAGUGUGUGUGUCUGAUUUGUUGGUGUUUGUGUGACAUUUUAAAUGGCCAUUGCUAGCAACCAUCACGGUUUGGUAGCAAGGAGCACAACUGCUGAAACCUGAACUUCUCAGUAGUUGGUCCAGGGAUUUUCAGUUUUUCACAUGAUUGGUGCAUUGAUUCAUUUACUUCUUCUUUCUUAAAUCAGGAACUCUGCCAUUUUGAUACUGUGAAGCACUUUGUAUGCGUGUAGCUUUGGUUUUGUUGUCUGGUGGCUUUUUUUGUUGUCUGAGCUGCUGCUAUGUACGUUUUACUGAAUGUCUGAAGCUUUUUCCUCCUCCACCCCAUCGCGGUGGUGGCAAGGGAUAAAGAUGUGUGCUGUUUCAGUGAGAGGACCAGCUGUACCUGAGAUUAAGGUUCAUAUAAUUAUAUAUUCAAGUGAUGUAUGUCUAUGUGUCGUGUAAAAGGUAGUUUAGAUAGUGGAUUUUCUUUCAUUAUAUUUGUAUUGUUUGGCUUGAUGGAUGUAUUGAUUGUAGUCUAGAUAAAAUUGCUAUCUUUCUUGUAAAUAGUGUUGGUGAGAGAUAAGCUGGGACUCUUAUUUUGAAAGAGUUUUGUACCGAGACCAAACACACCGGUUUGAUACCCACCCCUUAUCAGAAAUGGUUUGAUCUUUCCUCUUUAACGUGCGUGGUCUCUCUGCGUGCCUUUGACGUCAGUCGCUUCAGACAGCAAUUUACAACACCACUAUUAACUGUCCAUGUCUACGGUAUACACAUUUCAAAGGCACUCUCUACAAUUCCAUUUGCAAUCGAAACAGUUGGAUAUUAUGAACACAGAGGAUAAUUUUUUUUAUAUUUUUUGGCAACAAGAAAUGUGAAUACCUUUUAUUUUUAUUUAUUUUUCUGGAGUUUCCUUUUAAAGAAAGUCUUUGAGUGUACAAAACAAAGUCUAAACCGGGUUUGCGUGUCCUGUCAACAAGGGCUCACUUCUUAAAUGACAAGUCCCCCGUACGUGUUUGGACAUUCCUGAGCCCAACUUUCUGGAUGAUUCUGAACAUUUGAAGACAAGCCAUCUUUCCAAAGCCAUGUUGUUCCCUUCAAACAGUGAUGAAGACUACGUUCUCAGAGCUUUUGCUAUGGUGCCCCAGAAAUAUGUUUUGAAGGUUCCACCUCUGCUCAGUAUGUUAAAUACUGGCAAUGUCAAAGAUAAUGUAUUUUCAAAACGUAGGUUUUAGGUUUUAUAGCUCACUACAGUGGCAAGGAAUUCAAAAAUUUUGAUUUAUAAACAACACCAACUUUCUUCUUUAGUAAUGGCUAUAUUUUGGACAUUGCUGAAUAGCUUUUUCGAAUGACCACAAGUUAGGGGAUUUUGGUCACUUGCCAAGAUGUUGAGAAAAAAUAUGGUUCAUAGGUAACAUCCAUUUCAUGCUACUUUGAAACGUUGAAUGUCUAAAAACAAGUUAUUUUUUAUUCCCCUACAAUUAGCCCUUUUGUGUGGUCAUGAAAAUGUAAACAUGUGUCAUAUCAUGACUGAAAUACUGAUAAAGUCUUAAACUAGUCUUAACGACUUCACUUGAAAAUGUGUAGCAGUUCUACAGCUUACAGAUUGGCUGAUCAAGACCCUAACCUGUGCAUCACAUGGCAUUUUACAAUUUGAAUUGUAUGUCAUUGCAAAAAUUUAAAGCUUUGCUGUCUUUGUGGAAGCAUGCUAUUCAAAAUAAUAUUUGGGGAUCUUGGUUAAUAAUGAACAAUGUUCAGGUAUUUAUUAUGAAAGCCUUUUGAAAUCACUAUGAAAUGAGUACAGGUAAAGUAGUCAUGACAUGUACAAACUGCCUAAUGGAAGGCAUAUUUUAAAGGUUUUGUUGAUUGUGUUGCUCAAACUACAUGCCAAAAAGUGGCUCCAAAUGUGCUUUAACAACUCCUGUGUAUCUUUAUUACCUUGAAUUCACUUCGGGUCCAGAAAUCGUAGCUUGGUCUGUUCCAAAAAUAGGUUUAAAGCUCAACUACAUGAGACCACAUAUUUUAGAGUUUGCUACCAUCUACAGGUCAAAAAAUGUCACAACCUAGUUACCAAAAACUUAAUUUGGUGCUACUACUGCUCUACCAAAGGUCAAUCGGAAGUAGUUUGGGUUUUUUCUUUGCGUUUAAUAAUUGUUUAUAUGCAUAAUCUUUUAUAAAUUCAAAAAACAAAUGUUGUUGCAAUGUCAAAUUUGAGUGAAUCCUAAUAUUGGAAUUUUGGUUUGAGAGUAUUUUGAUGUUUACAUUCAAAGAGCACUAAAUCUGACUAGCUGUUUUGUUAACCUCUCCAGAUGGUAGCCAACUCAAUGUUGAGUGUGUAGUUCAUCUUUAUUCCAAUCUCAAGGGCUGUGCUUUCACGGAGAUCUCCAUUUUGUGUUGGUUCACUUGAACAUCGACUGCCAUGAACACAACAAUGUUUAAUUGUCACCUUGUUUACAGACCGGUUUAUCUGCUUUGAUUAAGAGAAAUUAGAUUAAAAAAAGAUUUUAUUGCA